AGAAUAAGACGCAGUCAAACAAGAACGUCCAAGACAUCAAGUCGUGCCCAAAUGUUUUCAAAUCGCACAAAAUGCUGGAUGCUUUUUUUGGCGGCCAUGCAAUGGUACGAAACAGCGGUAAAUGGCCAAGUCUUUGAAUUAGGUGCGUGCCAAAAACCAACUGUUGUUUCCGACCUCGACGUUGACCGCUAUUUGGGAAAAUGGUUUAACAACCGGAAUUACUUCGCCGUCGUUCAAGCUAAACUGGACUGUAUAACGGCCGUCUACGCAAAGACAGCAAGUGGUAUUAGCGUAACCAACGAAGGAUUCAACAUACUUACGAGACAGAGGAGCACUGCGGUCGGCAGUGCUACUGAAAUAGAGCAAGGAAAACUCGGGGUUUCAUUCUCCGACACGCCGGCUACGACAGCAAAUUAUUGGGUGCUGGGUACCGAUUACGAUAACUACGCUGUGGUUUGGAGAUGUAUAGGAGUUGGCCCCAUCCGUAUAAGUUGUGCAUGGCUUCUUACACGUGAUCAAGAGCCUACUAGUGCCGUAAUUGACGAGGCUUUAGCAGUAUUCAACGCAAACGGCAUCAACACGGCCCCACUGAAGGUGACGAAUCAAAAGAAUUGCCCAGCAUCGUGAACAAGUAUUUGAUAAAUUCAACAGAAACAUCGAAUUAUUCCCAGCCGUCAACCAAGUUAAGCUGGGACUGGGCCCACCCCACCCUGAAAAUAAAAUAUUUAAGCACUUUCCCACUUUAAACUAAAACGACUUUGUUUUCGGACAAUUUUGCCAAACUUUUAUGGUGUCUAUAGAUGUGAAUAAAAAAAAUGAGAGCAAAAAA